AGCAAGCUGACCAGCAUGUACAGCUCCAUCAUCAAGCUCAGCUCGGAAAAUAAGAUCACCCGAGACAAGUGCUGGGGGCUGCAUCUCAUCGACUACAUGGACAGGGUCAUCUUGGACGAGGGCGGGCAAAUGGGGGGGUCAAAGGUUAACUUCCAGAAGGCCUCUUGCACCCUCGACGCCUCCGUCAAGAUCUACUCCCACAGGGUGGACGCCACGCACAUAAGCAGUUACUCCCUGCUGGACAACCUCAAUCGCUCCGACAACGACAACGCCGAUAAGGGUGCCGGUGCUGCCGUCGGGAGUUCUGAGCGGUCGGCGCGAUUGGGCGUCCACGAAACGCUCAAGAAGCCCGAGCAGCUCGACCAGAGGCAUGUAUCUACCGAUCUACUGCUGCUGCAUCGCUCGUUGUUUUCGUUUUAUUUUCUGUUCACAGUAGUGUUCGAGGCAGACCGCGCCUUCAAGAUGGACCCGAUGUUCCACAAAAUGAGCAAGAUUUUCGACGAGGCGGGUUCAAAGGGCAUGCUGCUGAACAACCUGAGCGUGAGCGACGGGUGCAAGGUCUCGUUCGACUCCGAAUCGUCGGCUGCCGCCACGGCCCCGCCUUCUCCAGAGGGUGCGGUGGAUCGGUCUAGGCGGGACAAGGUUUUCAGGAAGCCGGAAGGCGUGGACGACGGCGAGGAUAGCAAGGAUGGCGAAACUCCUGCCGAGGAGGAAGCAGGGAAGCAACACCCAGCGGCGGCAGAAGCGGCCGAAGGAAUGACGAAUAUCAAGGACCUCCGUUCGACGCUGUUCUCCCUCUGCGGAGACUUAUCGACGUUGGCCCUGUGCCCCCAGCUGGAAGAGUUCCGCGACCAGAUCGCGGAGAUAGAGGAAGAAACUAACAGGGACAGCGGCGAAGCAGCCGCUCCGCACGCCGGAAGGGGAGGGGCACGUGGUGAUGACGGUGGUGCGGAGGCAAGCUACGACACAGACGACUCUGACGGAGGAGGCGGGGGGGGAGGUUUCGACGACGUCCCCGGGUUGGAUGACGCCUCUGUGGACGGCGGGGGGAAUUUCGGGGCAGGGGGUGAUGACGGGGGGCACGACUUCAACCUCGGUGGUGGCGCUGAUGACGACGAUGCGUGA